CCCUUCCUUGCCCACACCCCCUCCAGAAGUCAAUCCCUCUGUCCAUCUCCCCAGCAGGCUCCACCCUCUCCCUUAGCCACACCUCCUAAACAAGCCCCUCCCCCUUCCUUGCCCACACCUCCUCCAGAAGCCAAUCCUUCACUGUUCAUAUCUCCCCAGCAGGCUCCACCCUCUCCCUUAGCCACACCUCCCAAACAAGGCCCUCCCCCUUCCUUGCCCACACCCCCUCCAGAAGCCAAUUCUUCUCUGUCCACAUCUCCCCAGCAGGCUCCAUCCUCUCCCUUAACCACACCCCCUCCAGAAGUCAAUUUCUCUCUGUUCAUAUCUCCCCAGCAGGCUCCACCUUCUCCUUUAGCCACCAGUCAUCUCCAGACCCAUCCUUCUCCCUCAGCCACAUCACUUCCUCAGGCUCCUCCCUCUCUGACCACAGCCCCUCAACGGGCUCCACCUUCUCCUCCCUUAGCCACACCCUUCCUCCAGGCCCCAUCCCCUCCAGCCACACCUCAUCCCGAGGCCCCUCCCUCUCCUGUGGCCACACCUAUCCAGGGUAUUCUCAUUCCUUCAACCACUUCCACUCCUCAGGACCCGCCCUCUCCUUUAGCCACACCCUCUGAACAAAGGGCUGACUCUCUCCUGGCCACACCCCUUAUGCAGGCCCUGCCCUCUCCCCCUCAGGCCACACCUCUUCAGAAGGGCUUUCUCUUACCCUCAUCCCCUUCACAGGAGCCACCCUUGUCCUUAGCCACGCCUCCUCACCAGGCUCCUCCCCUUUCUCAAAGGCUCUCCAUUUUGGCCACACCUCUUAUACAGGCCCCGCCCAUUCCCUCUGACCCACCCUCUCACUUGUUCCCUCCCUCUCCUCCCUUGGCCACACCUCCUCUUCAGUUCUCUCUUUUUCCUUUGGCCUCACCCCCUCCUCAAGCUUCUCCAUUUCCUCCAGCUUCACCCCCUCUGCAGGCCCUUCCCUCUUCCCUAGGAGCACACUCUCAACAAGCCCCAUCCUUUCGCUUGGUCCCGCCUUCCCCACCCCUGGCCAAACCCCCUCUUCAGUCCCCUCCCUUUCAUCUGGCCAUGCCUUCUCAGGCGUCAUCUUUGGAUACAUGCCCUGUGCAGCCCCCUCCUCCCUCUCCAUUAGCCACGCCUCUUCCUCAGGCUCCUCCCCCGCCCCUGGACACAUCUCUUGUGCCACCUUCUCUCUCUCCCUUGGCCACAGCCCCUGUGCUGGCCCAGCCCCACUUGCAGAGUGCGCCUCCUGGGGAGCUGCCCCUUCCCGAGUCUGUCUUGUCCUUGGGAGCCUUGGGUGGGGAGCUGUCCAGAAGCCCAUCCAGUACUCUGAGUGGCCCAGACCUUGCUGGACACAGCAGCAGUGCCACAAGUACUCCAGAGGAGCUGCGAGCCUAUGACAGUGGCCCUGAGAUAGGAGCCCCAGCUUCGCCCCCACCUGAUCCUGACCUCGAACUUGCUGCCUGCCAUCCUGCUGUUUGGAGCCGGCCAGGAGUCCCCACCCAGAGCCCCUGUACCACCUCCCCUCGACUUGCCCACGGGGUCCAGGUAAGCCCAGCCAGGGGGCAGAGGGGAAAGGCCUGGAGGAAGAGGGCAGCUCUUUGAAGAGGGGAUGUCUCAACCCUGUCCUUCCUUCCCAUAGGUGAGCCUCUGCCCUGGUCCCCUAUGGCUGGGCCCCCUGAUGGCCUGUCCACAAUCUAUGAGGCAGAGGCCCCUGAAACAGCAUUUGGACCCCCGAGCAGGGAGGUACAGGAUCAGGAAGAAGAAGAUGAUCAGACAGUGGAGAAGAUGCCUCCAGCCCCUCAUGGUCCCAAGCCAGCUCGAGUGGGUGAGCUGCAGCUGGGAGCAUUGCAGGCCAGUGUAGUACAGCAGUUGCUGAGCAGGACACUGCUGCUGGCUGCAGAGGGACCAGGGGGAGCCAGACAGGGACCUGGGAGUGGCCGCCCAGCUCUGAGUGAUGCUGAGCUGGGCCGCUGGGCAGAACUGCUCUCCCCUUUGGAUGAGUCCCGGGCUAGCAUCACAUCUGUCACUAGCUUCUCCCCAGAUGAUGUUGCCUCACCACAGGGAGACUGGACUGUAGUGGAGGUGGAGACCUUCCACUGAGAUGCCUUUGUCCCAUCCCAUCCGAAGGACUGGUGUGCCCUCUGAACUAAAGGCCCCAGCCUGUCUAAUACUGGCAUUUUACCUGCUUUCCCAUCUGCAGUUCCAUAGUAAGGGGAACUGGGCAGAGGGAAAAGCCCUGUUGAUGUUCUAGCUUCCUAACAUGCUUCUGAGUCCUGGAAGGGUCUUAGCCUGACAAACUCAUUGUCAAUCCCAUGCACUGUAUGUAUUUGUGGAUUGUCCUUGCUGGUUUGCUCCUGUGGCCCUUAGAGUCUGUGUGUGGUGUGUCUGUGUGUUUUCUAAGGCCUUUUUAGUUUGUAAUAAAUAAAGAUGAGACAGUGGA